UUUGUCUUAUUUUCUUAACCAGACUGCCAGAUGGCCCUAUGCCCUCUGUUGGCCUGUCUGUGCCCUGGUGGCUCUGAUUACUUGUUUCUGUUUUUUGUUUUUGUUUUUUUUUUUUUGAGAUGGAGUUUUGCUUUUGUCGCCCAGGCUGGAGUGCUAUGGCACAAUCUUGGUUCACUGCAACCUCUGCCUUCCGGGUUCAAGCGAUUCUCCUGCCUCAGCCUCCAGAGUAGCUGGGAUUACAGGCGCCCGCCACCAAACCUGGCUAAUUUUUAUAUUUUUAGUAGAGUCGGGAUUUCACCAUGUUGGCCAGGCUGGUCUCAAACUCCUGGCCUCAGGUGAUCCACCCACCUCGGCCUCCCAAAGUGCUGGGAUUACAGGUGUGUUUUUUGUUUUUUUAAGAGAUGGAGUCUCGCUAUGUUGCCCAGGCUGGCCUUGAACUCCUGGGCUCAGGCAAUCCUUCUGCCUCAGCCUUCCCAGUAGCUGGGUCACUGUGAUGAUUUGAAUUGAAUUCUGUGAUGUGUAAGAAGAGCAGCCUGCAAGGCAAGCACAGAUGGGGCAGCUUUUGCUCUGAGAAAUUCGUGCCUUUACUGAACUUGGGUCUGGCUAUUUUUGGAACAUGGCCAGCAUCAAGUUCUAACCCACAACACGGUCUUUUUGGAGUAGCAUGAAUUCAGGAGAAAUCUGGCUGCAUAGUCAAGCCCUCACCCCUUCCAUCCUGUGCACGAACUGUUUCAAGUAACAGAUGUUCCAGGCAGAGCCAGCCAGAGUGAGCUGUUCCUUCUCUGGAGGGUGAUCUGGUAUCCCUGAACGCCUGUUGGCCUCAUCUCCACCAACCCCUGCAGUCUCUGCCCCUGAGUCCCCCUCCUUCCAUCCGCCUCCCCUUACUAGAGCCUCAGCCCUCCCUCCUCGCCUGGAAGCCUUGCCCCCGCCCCCUUGUGCUGGCUGGAGCUCAAGCCUCUUCCUUUGUCGCAGCUCCGCCCAGUUGAACACACCCGCUGGGGAAGGUGCCUCUGUUCCCUCCCCACGCACUCUGGGCCUGAGCUGACAGAGAUGGACCAUCGAAAAGCCAGGGUCCUCCCAGCUGGGCACUACUGCCCCUCGCUAGGAAUAUGGGCCUCGCAGGUCGGCAGCAUGAGGUCCUCUGUGCCACCUUCCAUCAGUAGGAACCCAGCCAUGGUGAACGAAGCCAGAGGAAACAGCAGCCUCAACCCCUGCUUGGAGGGCAGUGCCAGCAGUGGCAGUGAGAGCUCCAAAGAUAGUUCGAGAUGUUCCACCCCGGGCCUGGACCCCGAGCGGCAUGAGAGACUCCGGGAGAAGAUGAGGCGGCGAUUGGAAUCUGGUGACAAGUGGUUCUCCCUGGAAUUCUUCCCUCCUCGAACUGCUGAGGGAGCUGUCAAUCUCAUCUCAAGGUUUGACCGGAUGGCAGCAGGCGGCCCCCUCUACAUAGACGUGACCUGGCACCCAGCAGGUGACCCUGGCUCAGACAAGGAGACCUCCUCCAUGAUGAUCGCCAGCACCGCCGUGAACUACUGUGGCCUGGAGACCAUCCUGCACAUGACCUGCUGCCGUCAGCGCCUGGAGGAGAUCACGGGCCACCUGCACAAAGCUAAGCAGCUGGGCCUGAAGAACAUCAUGGCGCUGCGGGGAGACCCAAUAGGUGACCAGUGGGAAGAGGAGGAGGGAGGCUUCAACUACGCAGUGGACCUGGUGAAGCACAUCCGAAGUGAGUUUGGUGACUACUUUGACAUCUGUGUGGCAGGUUACCCCAAAGGCCACCCCGAAGCAGGGAGCUUUGAGGCUGACCUGAAGCACUUGAAGGAGAAGGUGUCUGCGGGAGCCGAUUUCAUCAUCACGCAGCUUUUCUUUGAGGCUGACACAUUCUUCCGCUUUGUGAAGGCAUGCACCGACAUGGGCAUCACUUGCCCCAUCGUCCCCGGGAUCUUUCCCAUCCAGGGCUACCACUCCCUUCGGCAGCUUGUGAAGCUGUCCAAGCUGGAGGUGCCACAGGAGAUCAAGGACGUGAUUGAGCCAAUCAAAGACAACGAUGCUGCCAUCCGCAACUAUGGCAUCGAGCUGGCCGUGAGCCUGUGCCAGGAGCUUCUGGCCAGUGGCUUGGUGCCAGGCCUCCACUUCUACACCCUCAACCGCGAGAUGGCUACCACAGAGGUGCUGAAGCGCCUGGGGAUGUGGACUGAGGACCCCAGGCGUCCCCUACCCUGGGCUCUCAGCGCCCACCCCAAGCGCCGAGAGGAAGAUGUACGUCCCAUCUUCUGGGCCUCCAGACCAAAGAGUUACAUCUACCGUACCCAGGAGUGGGACGAGUUCCCUAACGGCCGCUGGGGCAAUUCCUCUUCCCCUGCCUUUGGGGAGCUGAAGGACUACUACCUCUUCUACCUGAAGAGCAAGUCCCCCAAGGAGGAGCUGCUGAAGAUGUGGGGGGAGGAGCUGACCAGUGAAGAAAGUGUCUUUGAAGUCUUUGUUCUUUACCUCUCGGGAGAACCAAACCGGAAUGGUCACAAAGUGACUUGCCUGCCCUGGAACGAUGAGCCCCUGGCGGCCGAGACCAGCCUGCUGAAGGAGGAGCUGCUGCGGGUGAACCGCCAGGGCAUCCUCACCAUCAACUCACAGCCCAACAUCAACGGGAAGCCGUCCUCUGACCCCAUCGUGGGCUGGGGCCCCAGCGGGGGCUAUGUCUUCCAGAAGGCCUACUUAGAGUUUUUCACUUCCCGCGAGACAGCGGAAGCGCUUCUGCAAGUGCUGAAGAAGUACGAGCUCCGGGUUAAUUACCACCUUGUCAAUGUGAAGGGUGAAAACAUCACCAAUGCCCCUGAACUGCAGCCGAAUGCUGUCACUUGGGGCAUCUUCCCUGGGCGAGAGAUCAUCCAGCCCACCGUAGUGGAUCCCGUCAGCUUCAUGUUCUGGAAGGACGAGGCCUUUGCCCUGUGGAUUGAGCGGUGGGGAAAGCUGUAUGAGGAGGAGUCCCCGUCCCGCAGCAUCAUCCAGUACAUCCACGACAACUACUUCCUGGUCAACCUGGUGGACAAUGACUUCCCACUGGACAACUGCCUCUGGCAGGUGGUGGAAGACACACUGGAGCUUGUCAACAGGCCCACCCAGAAUGCGAGAGAGACGGAGGCUCCAUGACCCUGCGUCCUGACGCCCUGCGUUGGAGCCACUCCUGUCCCGCCUUCCUCCUCCACAGUGCUGCUUCUCUUGGGAACCCCACUCUCCUUCGUGUCUCUCCCACCCCGGCCUCCACUCCCCCACCUGACGAUGGCAGCUAGACUGGAGUGAGGCUUCCAGGCUCUUCCUGGACCUGAGUCGGCCCCACAUGGGAACCUAGUACUCUCUGCUCUAGCCAGGAGUCUGUGCUCUUUUGGUGGGGAGCACUUCCGUCCUGCAGAGGACCACAGUGGGUGGCACCUCCUGAGAAGGCGAGGAGCGUGGUUGUUGCCAACUAAGCCCUCGAACCAAGGCAGCCUCCAGAGCCAGCCUGGGACUCCCAGUGAACUUACACUUGGAGCCCGUGCAGUACAGGCAAAACACGCAAGGGCAUCAGGCACUGGUGGCAUCGUAGAUGUGGCAAAGUGCUGUACCCUUCCACCUCCUAGAGGUGGGCAGCUGGGCCCCACCUACUUGUGACUGAAGGGGCACACCACUGCCCUGCCUGCCCACUUAGCCGUCCACGGCACCAGCCCCCUAGAUGGGCAUUGGGCUGACACCUACCAUGCUGCUUUUUGGCACAGUUGUCUAUUCUGAGCCUUGAGAGAAAAAGUGCCCCUUAAGGGUUGAAGGCA